AAAAAAAAAAAUCGUUUUUUCAUUUUUGACUGAAGGAUAAAUUCGAGCUGAAAGUGUUGUUCAACUCCGUGCAUUGAUUCUCUAUGGAGGCAGAUAGGUUAAAUUCUCCACACACUUCUGCGAUUUUCAUUGAUGUUCUAGGUCAUCAGCUUCAGUUUUGCCAGGAUCCUAAUUCGAAGCAUUUAGGCACUACUGUUUGGGAUGCAUCUAUGGUUUUAGUAAAAUUUCUGGAAAGAAAUUGUCGAAAGGGGAGGUUUUCUCCAUCUAAAUUGAAAGGAAAGCGUGUGAUUGAACUUGGGGCAGGUUGUGGCGUAGCAGGAUUUGGCAUGGCAUUGCUUGGAUGUGAUGUAGUUUCAACUGACCAAACUGAGGUUUUGCCAUUGCUAAUGAGAAACGUUGAGCGUAAUACUUCCAGGAUCAUGCAGACAAUCUCAGAUCCAGAUUCAUUUGGUUCCAUACAGGCUGCAGAGUUGGACUGGGGUAAUGAAACUCAUAUAAAGGCUGUUAGCCCUCCAUUCGACUAUAUCAUUGGGACUGACGUUGUUUAUGCAGAGCAUCUUUUGGAACCGCUUUUGCAGACAAUAAUUGCACUGUCUGGACCAAAGACAACAAUUCUGUUGGGUCAUGAAAUCCGAUCAACAAAUGUCCAUGAAAAGAUGCUUGAGACGUGGAAGAGACAUUUUGAGGUCAAAACUGUUCCAAAAGCAAAGAUGGAUAGUACAUACCAACAUCCAAGCAUCCAGUUAUACAUAAUGAGCUUCAAGUCACAAGGAAGUACCUCGGAAAUUGUUAGACAGAUGGCUCAGCAGCAGACAGAAGAGAUUGGGGAAACAGAAACUAAGAAUGAAUCAGACGAAGAUGAAAGUAAAUAUGGGCUUAAUCAAGGUGAGGUGAUUGACAAUGAGGGCAAGGUAGACAAUAACCUGGUUAUGGAUCUUGAGAACAGAAACCUUAGUGAUUGGGAAGCUAGAAGAUGUGGUGCCAUGGCUGCUAGACUUCUUCGCGAUGUCAAGAUAACAUAAAUUAAAGGUCCUAAAAAAUGGCAUUACCGCUACCAACAUUGUUGCACACUGAGCUACAAAUCAAAGGACAUUGAGGCAGGAUUGUCUUUUCACUAAAAGUACACUGCAUCUUAUGGUUCAAGUUCAAACCCAAAAUACACUAGAUGCAAAUUACAAGCAUGUUAGACCUCACUUUUUUUUUAACUUUGUUUGAGUUUUUUAAAGAUGUAACAAGAAUGAUGAUUUCUCAAUCUUGUGACUUGGAUGUCCAAGUUUAGAUGUUGAUGUUUUUACUAAUUUAACAAGACAGAUGAUAGAUACUCAAUUUAACCAAGAUUCAAGGCUGAUCAUCCACUCCAUGCAUGUGUAACUUUA